UGAUUUGCUGUAGUACACUGUAGAGUGCUUCGCCGUUACUGUGCCUCCCGCAGCUGCACUCGUCCGCUCCUGAUUGGUCUCUCUAGUCUCUCUGCACGGGAUGCGACUCUGCUCCCGUCUCCUCGUAACCUGCUACGUACACAAAGAAGUCAAAAGCGCAAAUGAUAGAGGGAGCUCGCCACGACCAAGCAUCUUUACGCGGCCGUUGACGUUGUCAAAGGCUCUUGGGGGUUGAAGGGGGCGGUGCAGCCUUGAGCUUAACUCGUCCAGCGUCCGUGCCGCGGAGGAUCAAGAGGCACGACCAGACCUCCCGGUGUCUCACAAAAUAACAGCUUCCGCCUUUCACUUUCUCCUGCGCGCAAUUUCCGUCUUCGCGACACACACGGCGACCUUCCGACUUUCCUUCCCACCCCCCGAACCUCGUCUUUCGUCCAGAGCUGCGGAGCACCUGCCCCGCUAGCCUGUUGCCAUGGUCCUCAAGAAGCGCCUCACGAAUUUGGGCAGCAUCAUAAAGCGACCGCACGCUGCACAAGAAGAGAACGUCGACUCGAACGCCGAUACGCCCGAGGCCAAUGCCGCACGGGGGGUUAGGCUCUUCUGCGAAUCCGGCGCCGCGAAUUCGGGCGAAGAAGUCCUCCACCUUCCUACCAUCGUCGAGGCGGCCGUCGCCAGUCCCUCCGCUGCCUCGGCGGCAGCAAACCAGAUCCGCAAGUUCCUCUCCAAGGAGAACUACAGUCGCCCACAUGUCCAGUACAAUGCGUGUAUGCUCAUAAGGAUCCUGGCGGACAAUCCGGGUGCCUCGUUCACCAAGAACAUGGACAAGCAGUUUGCGGAUACUAUCAAGCAUCUGCUACGAAAUGGACAGGAUCCGAGCGUGGCGCAGAUCCUGAAGGAGACGCUGGAUUCGCUGGAGAAGGAGAAGGCAUACGACACGAACCUGAAUACAAUGUUCGCCAUGUGGAGAAAGGAGAAGCAGCUCAUGGCCAGUGCCCAGAAGCACGUUCAGCCAUUCGGCUCCCGAACGCUUAACGCGCCACCGUGGACUGGGCAACAUCAGGGAGGAUUCGGUUCCGGCGGAGGUCAUUCGGCAUCCAAGGGCCUUCCACCUCCUGUGGAGUUGGUCGGGCGCAUCGAGGAAGCGCGAACCUCAGCAAAGCUUCUCCUGCAGCUCGUCCAGUCAACGCCAGCGAACGAGCUGCUCGGCAAUGAUCUGAUCAAGGAGUUCUCGGAGCGCUGCAUGGCCGCGCAGCGGAGCAUCCAAGGCUACAUCAACUGUGACAAUCCAGGGCCGGACGACGACACCAUGCUUACGUUGAUUGAGACGAACGAACAGCUGUCCCUUGCCGCGUCGAAACAUCAGCGCGCUGUCCUCCAGGCCCGUCGUCUUCUAGGUAUAUCCCCAUCUCCGCCGAUACCCAGCAACAACAACAAUCCUUUGCCACCUGGUCCUCCUCCCGCUACCACGUUCAACCCUGCCGCGCAAGCUCCUCCCGCUACGACGUAUACCCCGCCUCCGCAGCCUCCUCCACGCAACAAUACAGCCCCGAUGCUACCUCCUGUCGAUGUAGGAUCAAGAGAGCAGGACCUGAAUCCGACCAGCUACAAGAAGGACGAGCUCCCGCUGCCGCCGGUUCUUCAAGCGGGAUCCAACCGGCAACGCACAAACUCUGUUCCCGAGCCAGAGCCCGCGGACAAUCCGUUCGCUGAUCAUCAUACUUCUGGUUAUGCGCUGCCUUCGGGAGCACCUCCUCCGCGCAGAGUUGAAGAUGAUUCUGCGGCCAAUGGCUAUGGUCAUGGCCCUUCUUCAUACAACCCCGGAUAUCAGUCAACGCCAUCAUACCUGGGCCGACAGGAGAGCUCCGCAAACAAUCUGACGAUGCAUGGAGCACAGCGCGAGUUGACGGAAGAGGAGGAAUAUGCGCGUGACUAUCCGGCGAGCGCCGGACCAAGAACGCCGGAGCAGACGAGGACGCGGCAUGAUAGUGAUGUGUCGCCAAUCGCGGAACGCGGCGGCGUCACAUACCGAUAUUAGUCGUCUUUCGAGGGUACACAAGGAGAUCUCUUUCGCUUCAUGGCAUGUAUUGAGGGCAUGGCGGGAAUUGCUCGGAGAUAUCCGUUGGAUAGGGUCCUAUUCGUGUCGAGCUCGGAGGCAACACCGGUUCUUUCCGCGGUGUGUACCUGGGUGCGUUUCAGCAGUUUUAUACCUCUUUCCAUCGUUGCUUCCGCUCAGUAGAUACCAUCGAUCUUUGCUUUCCGCCUUCUCAUGUCGGAUGCCUCGUACGAUGCC